CAAGCCGCAUCAUGGUGGCAACAAAAGCAGAAAACACGCAAGCGAGCUGGCAAGAAUCCUAUUAAAUCAUGGGAUAAACUUAAGGAGAAGCUAUGCAAAACUUUUUUACCUCCUCAUUACACGAGUUCGGUGUCUAAUCGUUUGAAGAAUGUGAAACAAAGAGCCGGAUUUGGGGAUGAUUUCACGAGGAAUUGUCACGUUCAUGUCAACAAUUUCGUGGAGAAGCCUACUUAUGAUCGAGAUUGUUACGUUCAAGACAACGACUUUGUCGAUAAACCUGUCCAUGUUAUCUACGAUGAUGAGAAUAAUGAUUUGUCUCCUAUAUGCAUAUGA